CAACAGCGCAGAUCAGCUCCGACUAACAGAUCAACCUCUCAUCCUGCUCCUGUGACAGAGAGACUCCAACAUGCUCUGCCUGUUCCUCUUCUUGUUUGGUCUGGCUCUGGGGACUGGGUCUACCCCUAACCCUUCAGGUGACCAUCCAUUGAAGCUACAGCGUGGAAACUGCCCAAUGUUCUGGUACAGCUUCAACAGCCGCUGCUACAAGUACGUCGCCACAAGUGUGACCUGGGCUGAUGCAGAGUUCCACUGUAGGUCACAGAAGGCCAACCUGGUGUCUAUCCACAGUAUGGCAGAAGAGAAGUUUGUCAAAUCCCUGAUCAAGAACUAUGACUAUUCUGAGCCAGGCGUCUGGAUCGGAUUUCAUGAUCUGUACAAAGAAGGCAGAUGGAUAUGGUCUGAUGGCUCUGCACUGGACUUUAGUCAUUGGCGUGCACACCAGCCAGACAAUUAUAAAGGUUAUGAACACUGUGCUAUCAACAAAUAUUCAACUGCUCACGAAUGGAGUGAUGUCCAGUGUGGUCUUAAAUAUCCGUCUGUUUGUGCAUCUCGCCUAGACUGUCCAUAG